AUGGCGGUGGAUAAUUGGACCAUAAAUCUAGAAUGCGAUGGGAAAGCUGAAGGACAUAAACAUGCGCAAAGGGAAAUGGAUAGAGAUGAGAUAUGCUUUUUUGACUUGAUUGAUCUGAUCGAGGGUUCUGGGUACACAUCAAUCGACUAUCUAUACUAUAAGAGAAAAUAUAACUUGGUUGUAACACAACAAGAUUCUGAUGUGAUGGAAAUGCUCAACGACUGUGAGAGCGAAAAGAUAGUUAAUUUGUUUGUGACGAGGCCGAGACUGGCCACUUUAGCGCCUACCAAGUCCAACAAAGAACCAUCCAAAUCUAAAAAAAAUAAAGGUGAUGGCGAUGAAGUACCUGGUAAACGAAAGGGGAUCGUUUUAACACAUGUUUGUGAUCUACUUGGAGGAGAUCGGAUAGUAACAAAGUUUGUAUAUCCUCAUUCAUGUGAGAAAUGGAUAUUGAAAUCAAUUGGAAGAGAUUGGAGAAAAUACAAGGCAACAUUAAAAAAGUCACUAUUUAAUCCAAAGAAGAAAAAGUCUGUUUUGAACGAGCGUUGUCCAGAUGAUAUUGAUGAAGAUCAAUGGAAGACCCUAGUAAAAUAUUGGAAGUCAAGUGAAGGACAAACCCUAAGUGAGAAGAACAAAAUAAGUUGUCAAAUGAAGAAGACAACACAUACAUCCGAUACAAAGAGUUAUGCCCGUUGGUCUGAGGACAUGACACAACCAGAGUUAGCACAAAAUAGUGAGGAAGGAGUUGCAUGGGAAGGUGAUGCAUUACAUCGGGUGUUGGGAGAAGAGAAAGUUGGACAAGUGCACGGCAUGGGAUUGGUUCCAGUUCCUAAACAAGUUUAUGGUCGAAGAACACACUAUUUUAAGGACAUUAAUAUAGUUUCACUAGAUGGCUCAUCAUCUGAUGUAGAGACUCACAUGUUGGAGGAAAUAAGGCAACUCAAAGAGCAUUCUAGAAUGCAAGAUAAAGUUAUUGAAGAACUAAAAAACAAUCAAAGGCACCAUGAGAACCAAGAAGCAACAAUGGAAAAUUGUGCUAGGAGUGAUCAUAACAAUUCUCAGAAUCAAGCGGUGUUUUCUAAAAGAAAGAGAGUUCACUGUGUUGCACCCAACCAGAAUGAUGGAUUCCUUGAACACAGGGAUGAAUUGAAUAAAGAAACAUGUCAGUCUGAAUAUAGUGACGAUGACAGUCUACUUUUAUCCACCACAAGUAAAACAACAAAGAAACAAAAGGGUCAUCAUGGAGGGCCUGGAGAGACUACGAUCAUUGCACACCAGGAGGUGGCUCAUGACAAGGUUACAUGCAACAAGCGUCAAGCACCUAAACAACUUCCUGUAAUGAAGGUAGAUGAACAUAAUACACUUGUUCUAAUUGCAUGA